CGCCAUCCAUGACCCGCCGCUCCAGAGCUCCGUCCGUUCUCCCUCUCCACCGCAGUACGUGGUUUGGAGCCACGUAUAUAUGGCCCACGCGCUCCCGCACCGGCCGCAUCGGCGACAACCUGAAUCAGUGAACACCAAGAACAAGAGAGGCGAGAGAUGAAGGUGCUGGUCGCGCUGGACGACAGCGGCGGGAGCCACCACGCGCUAGACUGGGUGCUCCGCUGCCUCUUCCCCGCCGGCGACCAGCCGGCGACGGAGGAGGCCCGGCAUGAGCUGGUGCUCGUCCACGCCCUGGAGCCGCUCCACCACGCCAUGUGCCCGGUCGGCGGGCCAGGGUCCGCGGUGUACGGCGCGCCGGCGAUCAUGCAGUCGGUGCGAGCGGCGCGCAAGGAGAGCGCACGCAGCCUGCUCGACAGGGCCAAGCGGGUCUGUCACACAAGAGGGGUGAGCGCGGCGGCGGUGCUGGUGGAGGGGGAGUCCAGGGAGGCGCUGUGCCGCGCCGCGGAGGACGCGGGCGCCGGCGCCGGCCUGCUCGUCGUGGGCAGCCGCGGGCUCGGCGCCGUCGGGAGGGCGUUCCAGGGGAGCGUGAGCGACUACUGCGCGCACCACGCGAGCUGCCCGGUCAUGGUUGUCCCGCCGCCGCCCGUCGAUAAGGAUGGUCAGCGGACGAGGUCAUCUCCAAUCAGAUGCCAGUCACCAUGUUUUCAACAGGGGUGCUUAAUGGCCGAAUGAUCGUCGCGCGUUUGUCAUCGGGGCUUUUCAUUUCACUGCCCCGUAUGCCUACGAUCGAUGUUCUAGCUUGGUGUCAACGGAUCGAGUAGCGUUCACUAAUAAAAAAAUCACCAUGAUCAAUGUCAACCCCGCUGCUACAGAGUACAGACACUAUGAGAAAAACAUUUGUUGUCUCGUGUUUCGCCGUAAGCCGAGUGUAAUUUGUCGGCCGCUCGGCCUAUAUCAAUGUAAACCGGGUACAAACCCUAAAACACACGCAAAGGAGGGGGCCUCGGCUUACAGCGCUGCACGGCGAAGGAGGGAUCAGAAACUAUUGAUCAUACUUCUGAAUUUCUCCCAGCCUGCUUCUUCGUCAUAUCAAUUUCAAACUGAGUUCAAUACAUUAGAAGCGGUUUCAGUAAACCUCACAGUCUCUUCCUAAUGUGGAUUAAUCAAGAGUAGCAACAUACUCCUUCAGGUAUGGACAAUCCCCAGAUAUACCAACCGACAAGGAAGAAUGCUCCUGAACAGUAACUGUAUGUCUGUAUCCCUUUUUUUUAGGUAACCAUGACUCGAUUAACAAUAAAGCGACUCCGGAAAUUCGAUGUGGCAAUUGGCUGAACUGUAUGUCCAUCAAUCAGCAACUGAACUACCGAAAUUGCAGCCAACCACUGAAGGAAACGGAGGCUGAAGAGCCUUUCUGAAGGUGCUGUAGUGUUUCAGGCUAAAACAUGGCAGUUUGUCAAAAUAGACAGCUUUGUUCUUUUUUCUGUUGGUCGGAAAAGGCUUGGGUUGUUAGAGCUGUCUGCACACUUGUCUGUCAACUCAAGCAACCUAACAGAAAGCAUUUCCUGCAGAUAACAAAGGUUUCUGCAAGAAGUAACCGUUUGAUAAGGACUUCACCUGUAACAUCACAUGGUUGAAAUUAUUGCCAGAA